AUGAAUUUCAGAUUGUUUAUUUAUAUUAGAACAGUGUAUAAAUGUAAAAUUUUCCUUCGUACAAUGUUAUCUCUGCAACUAUAUGCUAGAAGUUUAAUGCAGGCAGGUGUGUCUCCUUAGCAGAAUGGAAUUGUUAAUGAGAUUGAAGUGGCAUUUUCUUAAUUCUAAUAAGCACGAACCUAUGAAUGGUUGUUAUUGAGACCUUGAACCUUACAUUAAUGGAAGUUGCAUGUUGCAUGCUUUGGUGUGAUUGAAGUGUAAAAGUUCUCAAGUGUUUAGAGAGAAAGAUGCAUGAGGAAUGGCACCAAAUCAUUUCUCAAACUUUGAAGGAACAUACAAAAAUCUUCGCUCACCUGCUGCCAUAAUUGCUGGUUGUUCUGUGCUUGGAGCUCUAGUGCUGUCUUUCCUUCUCAUUCUGCAACAUCUUCAAUCAUACAACAACCCUGCAGAGCAGAAGUGGAUUGUUGGUGUUAUUUCAAUGGUCCCUAUCUAUGCUACUGAGUCUAUUAUUUCUUUGUGGAAUCCAAGAUUAUCUCUAGCAUGUGACAUUUUAAGAAACUGCUAUGAAGCCUUUGCCUUGUAUUCUUUUGGCAGAUACCUGAUUGCAGCUCUUGGUGGUGAAGGAAAGGUUGUGGAAUUACUUGAAGAUGAAUAUGCAGAGCACCUUGGUAAAUCCUUGUUAGAUGGCCUAGAUGAGAAUCAUGACAUGGAUGAUAGAUCAUUUUGCAACUUCUUUUGGCAUCCAGGCAAGCUAGGAAAAGAUCUUCUCACAAUAGAAAAAUUUGGUCUUGUUCAAUAUAUGAUCCUGAAGACUGUUUGUGCAUUGUUAGCAUUUAUAUUAGAACAGUUUGGUGUUUAUGGUGAUGGGGAAUUCAAGUGGUACUACGGGUAUCCAUACAUAGCAGUAGUAAUGAACUUCAGCCAGAUGUGGGCAUUAUACUGCCUUGUUCAGUUCUAUAAUGUUACUCAUGAGAGACUUCAACCAAUACAGCCACUUGCAAAGUUCAUCAGCUUCAAGGCUAUUGUGUUUGCUACUUGGUGGCAAGGUGUAGGUAUUGCGGUACUGUGUACAUUUGAGGUGCUACCCAAUGAGGGAAAAUUCCAAACUGGUUUACAAGAUUUCUUAAUUUGCGUAGAGAUAAUUAAUUCCUCUAUGGCCGUUGCAGCUGUUGCUCAUGUGUUUGUAUUUUCUGCAAAACCAUAUCAAUUUCUUCCUUCUGCUGCAUAUGGAAAAGUCAGAAAAGAAACAAAGGAGGCAGCCCUGGAGAUAGAUGAGGAGAACAGGCAGAAAGCUGCUUUGCUAAAAGAGACAUCGACUCGAGUUGGGUCUCCAAGAACAAGUGUGACGGAGAGCGUCCAGGAUAUUGUUGUUGAAGGUGGUCAGAGAGUUGUCGAGGAUGUUGUACUGGCAAUAAAUCAAGCAAUAGGGCCUGUGGAAAAGGGAGUGACGAGAAUUCAGCAAACCUUCCAUCACAGAACGGUGGUUUCAUCAAAUGAGGAUGAGGAAAAAGAAUCAGAUAUACAAGUAGAGAGAGAUGUCACAGAAUCUUAGAGGUAAAGGUAAAAAAAUUGCAACUACGAAAAUUAUUAGGAUGGAAAACAGACUACACAAUACAUGGGCAGUUCCUGCCUGCUUUACGUGUUAAUGUGUAUAUACCUUGAUGCAACUUUAGAAGACAGCUUACUAGUGCUAGCUAGGAGUUGCUAGAAUAGACAGUAUAACCAUCACUUCUCUGGUACUUAGCCAGAGGAUAAAAUUACAAUAGAUUUCUGUUGUUUAUUUUAAAAAGUAAAAAUCCUUUGAGAU